AUGAAUUUUUUUCAUGUAAUAAUAUUAGAUGUUGGAAUUGUAAUAUGCUUAUAUUUAAUCAUUUAUAAAAAUAGUGAUAUAAAAUGGAAGAAACAUAUAAAUUGUUGUAAAUAUCAUUUUUACUUUUUUUCAAGUAAGAGAUGCUUAUUACAACAUAUGGUUGAAGAACCGUUUGAGAAAAAAGACAAAUCUGGUGUUUUAUUAAAAGACAAAAAUACUGAAGAGGGAAGAAAAAAAGAAAGACAAAAGCCUAUGAGUAUUAAAUCAAUAAAUAAAAAAAAAAAAAAAAACAACAACAAUAAUAAUAAUAAUAAUGUGUUAAAAAAUUUAAAUAAUGAAGAAAUAAAUAAACAACGAAAUAUGACGAAUGAAAGAAUACGAAAUAAAAAUAAAAAUGAUAAAGGAGUUGAGAAUAUUUCAAGUAAUACACAGAUGGAAGAAAAAAAUAUAAUAUGUAAAGAUAUAAAUUCGAAUGUAAUAUUAAAUCAAAACGAAAUAAAUGACGAUCAAAUGGUUCAAAAAAUAAAAGAAAAUUUUGUCAAGGAUUUAAUGAAAAAUGAAAACAAAGAAAUAUUUAAACAGAUAGAAACAAUUAAUUCAGUUGGUACUAUGGCAAAAAUUAAAAAUUCAUUAUAUAGCAUAAUAUUUAAAGGGUCUAAUUUUUGGAAGGGUCUAGGAAUAUAUUUAGGUACAUUGUCAGGUGCUACACUAGGGCAAUUGAUUUUAGCAGGUAUUUUGCAAUUCGGAACAUUUUCUGUUAUGAAUUUUUCAAUUUAUUUUUCAGCUGUUCCUUCAUUUAUAGCAUUCAGUAGUUUUGUAGGAAUAAUAUUAUUAAGCAUUAUAAUUGUUAUUUGUCUUCUUGUGUGGUUGUGGCCAUCAAGAGGGAAAUUGAUGGGUAAAGAUAAAACAGAAAAUAAAAGUGAUACAUAA